AUGUCCGCAACAAUCCCUGCCCCCUUCGAACUCGACACACCCACAAUUGGGUGCAUUGCAUUCGCCCUCUCCUUCAUGCCAAUUGCCUACAUCCUCGGCGCUACCCUGAUCCCUUCCGCGCAAACGCGCAACCGCAUCCUUUUCUACUGGCACGCAUACGACGCGCUCACUCACCUCUUCAUCGAGGGCUCCUACCUUUACGAGUGCUUCACCAGCUACGCGCUCCUCCCCGCCGGCGUCAAGGUCAGCAGCGGAGCCCCGGCCUUUCUCGGCUUCGCCGACCGCGUCUACGGCGCCGCAUACGGCACUCUGCCCUCCGCGCGCCUGUGGCAGGAAUACGCGAAGGCGGAUCAUCGCUGGGCGGUUGCGGAUCCGACGGUGAUUUCGUUGGAGUUGCUCACUGUCUUCCUCGGUGGGCCUGCCGCGAUCUAUAUUUGUUACUUGCUCUGGGUGUCGUCGAGCCCGAGUUCGAGUGUUGGUGUUAAGGGAAAGGCGCAGGGGAAGCUUUGGCUUGUUGCGACAGGUCUCGCGACUGCUGAGCUGUAUGGUGGGUUUAUGACUUUUGCGCCGGAGUGGUUGACUGGAAGCACGGGGCUGGAGACUGGGAAUGCGGUCUAUCUGUGGUUUUACUUGGUCUUCUUCAAUACCCUUUGGGUUUGGAUUCCGCUUUGGGUGCUUUAUGAGGCAGCGAAGGAGGUGAAGGGGGCUUUUGUUGUUAAAGAGGUUGUUGAUGGGACGAGGAAGGCUCAGUGA